AAAACCACCCUCGAAGUACUGGAUUAUGAAGUGGACUUGUUAUGGGUCAGGAAGAGGACAUUCCUCAACAAAUAAUAGUUUAAUAACGUUGCAAAGGUGACAAAUCGUUCCGUCGAUGGAUCUAAAUGAAGAUCGUGUUCAUGCGAUGUGCACCCGGAUAUGCUUGUGUGUUCUCUGCGGUUUACCUGCAGCAGGAAAGUCGACGCUUGCACAGGCGCUCAACUCUCACUCUGUCCAACGAGGAUGGAGGUCCGCUGUCAUUUCUUACGACGACCUGAUUCCCGGUGACGCUUUCAAUGUGAAGGAAGUCGAGGAUGAGGAGGAUAUUCCGCGAUCGCAGACGCAGACUGAAUGGAAAUGUCACAGACAAGCGGUGCUGCGGUGUGUUGAACAGUUCCUACAGAGUCCCACAGAGCAGCUACCACCAAUCAUCUACCAGAUCAACAGGGAUGCCCGGAGUCGUCUCCUUCACGCCGCUCAGGCCUGCGGGACACCGGCAGGCUCUUCUCAGGCCUGCGGGACACCGGUGGGCUCUUCUCAGGUCUGCGGGACACCGGCGGGCUCUUCUCAGGCUUACCCGUCACCUUCAGAUCGACCACCGCCGCCACUCGUCAUUCUGCUGGACGACAACUUCUACUAUCCAAGCAUGAGAUACGAGGUGUACCAACUGGCCAGAAAACACUCUGUGGGAUUCUGUCAGGUGUACGUCCACUGUCCCGUGGAGUCGUGUGUCAGGAGAAACCAGCUGAGGCCCCAGCCGUUACCCAGUGAUGUUAUAGUAGAGAUGGCCAAGCGCAUGGAGCCUCCAAACCCUCAGAGAAACUCAUGGGAGCAGAACAGUGUCACUCUGGACAGCGAACACCACUUCACCAUAGAAUACAUCCAAAGGUUGGUGAAGGUGAUCUCUACUGCGUUGGAGAACCCACUGAGUCCAGUCCAGGACAACACUGAGCAGAAGGAGGCUGAUCGUCAGAGCUGUGUGUCCAGUGUGGUCCACCAGGCUGACCAGGCCUGCAGACGCCUGGUUUCACAGGCCAUGCAGGAGGCCAGAGAGCAUCAACUUCCCUCAGAGAGGAUGAGGUCUCUGGCAGCCGACUUCAAUGAAUCCAAAACCACAUUUCUCCAGGACCUGCGGAGACAAGUUCUCCACGGCCUUCCCUUAACCCAGGGAGAGGGCGUGGAGGUGGAGCGGGUUGUGAACAGAACCGUGGAGGUGGAGCGGGUUGUGAACAGAGCCGUGGACGUCUUCAACAAAGAGAAACAGGAAAUCAUUGCAAGAUACCUUCCUCCUUAUGACACAGAAAAUGAGGGAUAGAUGAUUAUGAGCCAUUAUGUAACUUUCAUGGAUUCUAUGUAAAUAGUCACACAUAUUGACGUUAGUAAUUACAUUUCUAUAUUUUUCUGACAAAAUGUCCAACCUGUUAGGUGCAUAUACAGGGUGGAACCAAGCAAGGUGGAACCAAGCAAGGUGGAACCAAGCAAGGUGGAACCUAGCAAGGUGGAACCAAGCAAGGUGGAACCUAGCAAGGUGGAACCAAGCAAGGUGGAACCAAGCAAGGUGGAACCAAGCAAGGUGGAACCAAGCAAGGUGGAACCUAGCAAGGUGGAACCAAGCAAGGUGGAACCUAGCAAGGUGGAACCUAGCAAGGUGGAACCUAGCAAGGUGGAACCUAGCAAGGUGGAACCAAGCAAGGUGGAACCUAGCAAGGUGGAACCUAGCAAGGUGGAACCUAGCAAGGUGGAACCAAGCAAGGUGGAACCUAGCAAGGUGGAACCUAGCAAGGUGGAACCAAGCAAGGUGGAACCAAGCAAGGUGGAACCAAGCAAGGUGGAAAUGUGGAGGCUAACUUAGCCGUAGCACUGGGUGGAACCUAGCAAGGUGGAAAUGUGGAGGCUAACUUAGCCGUAGCACUGGGUGGAACCUAGCAAGGUGGAAAUGUGGAGGCUAACUUAGCCGUAGCACUGGGUGGAACCUAGCAAGGUAGAAAUGUGGAGGCUAACUUAGCCGUGGCACUGGGUGGAACCUAGCAAGGUGGAAAUGUGGAGGCUAACUUAGCCGUAGCACUGGUUGGAACCUAGCAAGGUGGAAAUGUGGAGGCUAACUUGGCCGUAGCACUGGGUGGAACCUAACAAGGUGGUAAUGCGGAGGCUAACUUAGCCGUAGCACUGUGAGUGAUCAAGAUCCAGCUGGCAUAAUGGUGAACACUUGAAGAUAAUUUUUUACUGUUCUGUCAAACAUAAUUUAAAAUGAUCAAAUGUUCAUCUACUUUAGCCGAACAGCAGGGGACAUUUUAAGAGUGAGACUGUACUGACUAACAUCAUGAAACAUUAAAAUGUAGAUGUAAACCGAGUGUUGAUACUUAAUGUAGCGUUGCGCUGUUAUGGACAUUUCCUGAAUGUGAUGUCAUCAUCCACUGAAAACAAAAUGGUCAAAAAUGCAAAUAAAAUUCCCAUUGAGAUCGAUAUGUUUUGUGUUUUUAUGGGAAAAGGACACCUACCUUUCUAUUUAAAGCUCUUUGGAAACCACAUUCUACAGAGAAUAAGAGGUGUUAUUUCCUGG